AUCACCUCGAGGCAGUGGCAUUACACUAAUCGUCGCAGCGUGGGCAGCAGGCCGGCAGUGACCAUCUUGCGCAGUAACCAAAUCGUUUCUGGGAAAUUGUUUUUAUUCAUACAGCCAUGGACCGCUCCUGCAAGUGCGAUAUCUGCGAUGACUGCCUGAAGAGACUUCGCGAAGCGGGCGGUAUCGAUGGAUCCUCCUGCAGCAGCGCGUCGACAGAGACGUCGGUUAUUGCACCGUCCAGCGACAGUAACAAGCCGGGUUCCAGCUCGGACAAGGAGCCCAGCAAGAGCGCAACAGAGGCGGUGGCAGCCACGCACCCGCGCCUGUCGUCUUCAGGGACGCUUUCCUCCGGAAGCAUGCCUGAAUACCCGGCCGACGACUCGAGCGUGAGUUCCAGGACCGCCGCGCUGGUGGAGUCGCUGUCCCGCGGCACAGCUUCGCAGGCGACCGAUGUCGGCGUGACCCUCGGCACGUCUUCGUCGGAGACUGGCUGCGGCGUUGCAGUGGGUUCGUCCUUGGCAAGUCCCGAUGACUGCUUUUCGCCUCCAUAUGAGAUGACCAGCCCAACCAAGGCCCCGGUUGGCUUGACCAGCCCAGACCAGUCGGACGCGACGCAGUCAGAGGCACCGCAGUCCCCCAUGGACGUCAGCGGUAGCGAAGCGCUCAGUUCCGUCGACUACAGCACCGACCUCGCCGCUUCUGAGUCGCUGCCUCCGAUGGACCUGUCCCGGUCGGAACCCAGCAGCGACCCCCCCUCCUCUCUGAAGCAGGAUGAUCCGUCGGUGUCCGAAGAUUCGACCAUGCCCAAGAGCAGCACAUCCAGCGAGGCCAAGUCUUCUUCCCGUUCUAUCGAUAGCUUCAGCGAGUACUCUUCGAUAUCGUCGGCACUGCCGGCGACGGGCACGUCGGCUGAGUCGUACCCGAAGAGCACUACCAGAGAAUCGGCCGGAUCGGCGGACACCCUCGCCGAUAUAUCCGAAGCGGCAGCUACCCCGGACAUCCUCGAACACUCUUCCGACGAAGACACGAGCGCUGCAGUGGACACAGACAACCCGUCCCCGUCGAAGCGACGCCGCCACCGCCGUCGGCGUCACGACAAGGACCCGGAUGACAAGCCUUGUAGCGACACAUCGACGGCUAUGUAGGUUGGCCUGUCCAUGGUGCUACGCACACAAGCUUACCACGCCUGUGGCAAUGUUCACAUUGUUACUAUGUUCAUUGUAACUUUUCAAAAUGCAUGAUUUUUUAUAUGAAUAAAACGCGUGGUCACUUGCUG